GCUGGGCGGAGCGGAGCCCAGGGCGUUGUGGAACGGAACGGGACGGGACGGGUGGGCUGUCUACGGGGCGGUGGCUGCAUGGCGUCUUGCCGGUGGUCGCUGGUGCCCGAGGAACAGGGCGGUGCUUUAGAGUGAUCCCUCGGCACUGCGAGUCACACUGGCUUGGGGCCUUCCCCGCGAGAGAAGGGAACGGGACAACACAGACAAGAUGAUUGAGACACUUGUAACUACUGAAGCUCAGGAACUGCUGUACCAGCUCACAGCCCUAUUGGAGCAGGAGUUAAGAUGCCAGCCAAAGGCUGCUGGCUUGAGACUAAUUGAAUCUGCUCACGAUAAUGGCCUCCGAAUGACUGCAAGGCUGCGAGACUUUGAAGUGAAAGAUCUUCUCAGCUUAACUCAGUUCUUUGGCUUCCAUACAGAGACGUUUUCACUAGCUGUGAAUUUCUUAGAUAGAUUCUUGUCAAAAAUGAAGGUACAGCCUAAACACUUGGGCUGUGUUGGACUCAGCUGCUUUUACUUGGCUGUGAAGGCAUCAGAAGAAGAGAGAAACGUUCCCUUAGCCACUGACUUAAUUCGAAUAAGCCAGUACAGGUUCACUGUUUCUGAUAUGAUGAGAAUGGAGAAAAUCGUAUUAGAGAAGCUAUGUUGGAAAGUCAAAGCUACAACAGCCUUCCAAUUCCUACAACUGUAUCAUUCACUCAUUCAUGAGAAUUUAAGCUGUGAAAGGAGAAAAUACCUUAAUUUUGAGAGACUUGAGACCCAGCUUAAGGCAUGUCACUGCAGAAUCAUGUUUUCUAAAGCCAAGCCUUCUGUCUUGGCACUGUCUAUUAUAGCACUAGAAAUAGAAGAACAAAAACUAAUGGAGUUGACAGAGGCAUUGGAAUUUCUGCAGUUGCAUUCCAAGAUAAACAGCAGAGAUUUGACCUUCUGGAAGGAACUGGUGUUAAAGUGCCUUACAGAAUAUUCCUCAAGCAAAUGUUCCAAACCAAAUGUCCAGAAAUUAAAAUGGAUUGUGUCUGGACGUACAGCACGGCAGCUUAAACAUAGCUACUACAGAAUAACGCACCUUCCAACUAUCCCAGAGACCAGCUCAUAAUAGGUAACCUCUUGAAGAUGUGUAACAUAAACGUAGUAGGCCUGUCAUAGAGGCUGGUUUAUUCUCGUGUUCAUGCUUGAGCCAGUGCUGUACCUAAAGAAGUAGCAACCUAAUAUAUGAACGUUGGAGAAAGAACUGAUCCUCUGGUGUGCUGUGGGAGCAGAAAAGUGUUCUACAGACAUUGGGACUUCAUUCAAACUAAAAUGUGGAGUAAAACUGGUAAAAAGGCAGAGAAAAAACUUGGCUUGCUCCUAUCCUCAAAAGAAUCAGCUAAGAGGAAACAGUUGCCUGUUAGAAUGAGUUCCUUGUAAUUGUUCACUUAAACCACUUACAAGGCAGAAGUUAUACUUGUAUAACUGCCCAUUUAGUAAAGUCUAAAAACUGUAAUUCAGUUAUUCAUAUUACUGGUUUUUUACUCUGUAGAAAUUGUGAACUACUUCCUUAUCUAGACUUUAAUUCCAAAAGCUACAUGUUUUCUAUAACACCUGUCUUGCUAUUGUCUUGCUAUAUUAAAAUCUGAUGCUUUGUUUGACUCUUGUAGAAAGCCCUUCAGUUGACUGGUAUUUUUAUUUUUUUACAGGAGUACAGUAAAACGAGGAGAGAACCAUCCUAUGACCUUAUCAACAGACACAUGAAUAAUAUUUGAGAAACAAAGUCUGAAACAUGAUCUUACUAAUGAAGAACUCAACUCGUGGAAAGAAUAUGUAACAUUUCAGACUAAAGAUCCUUCCAGCAAAUAAGUUCUUCUCAUGAUGAUUACAAUAUUCAGUAUCAGUUUUCAGUCUUACUUGUUAGACUGUUUACUGUUCAGUGAAAUACCACAGUAUCAAUACAAGGAAUUUUAUGUAGAGUGGGUUGUGCAGUCUCACCUUGGUUUCCUGUUAACUGCAGGUGCAGAAUUAUAUAUAUUUAAUUUUAAAAAUCUGUUUCACUUUACAAAGAUUACGUGACACUAGGAAAACCUCAUGUGCAGUAGUAGCACAGUGUUGCAGUGUCUCAGUCAAACUAAAGACUAAUCCCGCUCAAUGUUGAUGACAAUAGCAAAUGCCUGUCAGGCCACCUGACAUGCUGUUUGGGCAGUGUCGUGUGUCUGCGUGUUCCUGCUGGGCAGGACACCGGCCUUCCACCAUAGACACGCAUUAAAAACUAGGCUAUGUGAUACCCACUGCACAUGUCAGGUAGCUAGAGCAGGAGAAAAGAGAAACCUUAUUUCAUUGCCUUGUAAAAGCUGCUCACUAACACAGCAUCAGUAACUUUAGUAUUUUGUAAGAGGUGUAUAGUUUACUAAGAUUACGAAUUAUUUCAUAGAAUGUAAAAACUUCAUGAUACCUAAUGAAGGCUGAGGGAAAUUACUGGGUCACCUCCCCCAAAUUGGACAUCAGUUUUCCAAAGUUUCACUGUACGGGAGGUAAAUGCUGAUGCUGAACAGGUGCAUUUUUACAGGCACGGUAGGAGCAGGGCUAAUGCCCCAUCUUGGCCUGUACAUAGGAGCAAUCUAGUUGAGAAAGACUGAAGAUUGCUUCAGCUCUGAUCUCUUUAAUGGUAAGCUUUGUAAAAUACAACUGUUUUUUCUGACGACCAGAUCAGUACUUGAGGCAUAUUGUGCUUCUAGUGCUAACAAGGAAGUGAAUAAUAAGAAUGUAUUACUGUAUGUAAGAUGAAAAGAAGUGUUGGGGAAAUGUUGCUAAUGACCUCUUCUGCAUUACUGUGGAGCAGAGGCUGUUAGUGAUAGGCUGUUACUGAUUGCCAUAUGAACUGACUUACUGGAGAAGGAGAGAUAAGAAUGUUCUGAAUAGAGUGUGGGCUUAGAUGUUAGCCAACCAACUCCUUCCCCUUUAUAGUAAUAGCUGAGGGGAAAACCAUUCUUUACCUAUCUCAAACUAGUUAAACUUUUCACAGAAGAAUUCAUACCAAAGCUCUGUACUGGACAAAUCAAGCGUUCUCAUGAACUCAAGGGAGCGAUUGCAUCUGCGUAACAUGCAAUUGGGUUUUGCAUCUGCCAGUGCUAUCUGCGUUGUGCUGGCCUCUGAAAAGCAUACAAGUGAUUCUCACAAAGGUGUGGUCAGCCUGCUGGGAGAGAUGGAGAAGAUGCAAUGUGCAAUUCUAAUGGUAUUGUCAUGUCUCAAUAUUAAGAUAUGUACCUUUCAAUUAAACAUUGAAAUGUGCU